AUGGGCCGUGGACCAAAGAAGCACCAGAAGCGCCUCAGCGCGCCCAGCCACUGGCUCCUGGACAAACUGUCCGGUGCCUACGCUCCCAAGGCCUCCCCCGGUCCUCACAAGCUUCGCGACUCGCUGCCCUUGAUCAUCUUCCUCCGCAACCGCCUAAAGUAUGCGCUCAACGCCAAGGAGGUCAAGUCGAUCGUCAUGCAGCGCCUGAUCAAGGUCGACGGCAAGGUCCGCACCGACAGCACCUUCCCCACCGGUCUCAUGGACGUCAUCUCCAUUGAGAAGACGGGCGAGAACUUCCGCCUCGUUUACGACACCAAGGGCCGUUUCACCGUCCACCGCAUCACCGCUGAGGAGGCACAAUACAAGCUCGGCAAGGUCAAGCGUGUCCAGCUCGGCAAGGGCGGCAUUCCCUACUUGGUUACGCACGAUGCGCGAACCAUCCGUUACCCCGACCCGGCCAUCAAGGUCAACGACACGGUCAAGGUCGACCUCUCGACCGGCAAGAUUGCCGACUUCAUCAAGUUCGACACUGGUGUCAUCGUCAUGGUGACCGGUGGUCGCAACAUGGGCCGUGUUGGUGUCAUCACCCACCGUGAGCGCCACGAUGGUGGCUUCAACAUUGUCCACUUGAAGGAUGCCGUUGACAACGAGUUCACGACGCGUGAGUCCAACGUCAUUGUCAUCGGACAGGAGAAGCCCUGGAUCUCCCUCCCCAAGGGCAAGGGUGUCAAGCUCUCCAUUGCCGAUGAGCGUGACCGCCGCAGGGCGUACGCCAUUGCUGGCCAGUAA